CACAUAGUGAGGUUAGGUUUACGAAACCGCCGUAUUGUUUUUACGUAAUUUUAAGCUUUAAAAAUGUUGGAGAGUGUAAAACACGUAAUUCUGGUGCUUUCAGGUAAAGGUGGGGUAGGUAAGUCGACUGUAAGCACCCAGUUAGCGCUGACAUUCAAAGAACAAGGUUAUAAGGUGGGUUUGUUGGAUAUUGAUUUGUGUGGACCGAGUAUACCAUAUUUGUUGCAAUUGAAAGAUAAGGAUGUACACCAAUCAGACAAAGGAUGGGUUCCUGUGUUUGCCGAUAAAGAACAAAGAUUGGCAGUUAUGUCUAUAGGGUUUUUACUGGGGAAUCGUGAUAAAGCAGUGGUGUGGAGGGGUCCAAAGAAAACGGCUAUGGUAAAACAAUUUUUGUCUGAUGUUUGCUGGGGGGAGCUCGAUUAUUUAAUAAUUGAUACACCACCAGGUACUUCUGAUGAACAUAUAACAGUAAUGGAAAAUUUAAAGAAUGUUAAAUUUGAUGGGGCUAUAAUUGUCACCACACCUCAAGAAGUUUCUAUUGAGGAUGUAAGAAAGGAGAUAACUUUUUGUAAAAAGACUGGAAUACCCAUUAUAGGCCUUAUAGAGAAUAUGAGCGGGUUUGUUUGCCCCCAUUGUACAGAAUGUACUAACAUUUUCAGCAAAGGUGGGGGCGAAGCCCUAGCCACAAUAGCAGAAAUAGAUGUUCUAGGAUCUUUACCUAUAGAUCCUAGAGUAGGUCAACUUUUGGGGAAGUCUUGUGUGAAGGAGUUGCCUGAGUCUCCUUCAGCAAAAGCAUUCGAAAAAAUCGUUGAAAGGAUUGUCAAACAUUAAUAUUAAGA